UCCUGCUGCCUCUCCAGCCUCCUAGAACAAUCCAGUGCACUGUGUGUUUGUGUGGCUACUCUUUGUCAGCACUGGCAUGCUCCUGCCCACCCCAGUAUAAAUAGCGUCUGUGCUCCGGGGCAGGCCGCUACACUGAAAAUGAACGUCAAGAGGCUGCCUCUGCUGCUGCUGCUGCUGCUGCUGCCCACUCUGGCACUGCUGCUCUCAAUCUCGCCCACGCGCCACCGCCAGCACAGAGUCCAGCACCUGGAUUGGCCAAAGGACUGUGGGAUCCCUCACUUCCAGCCCAACACCGCGGAGAGGAUCAUAUCAGGGAACGAGGCACGGCCACACUCCUGGCCAUGGCAGGUCUCACUGCAGGUCCGCCCUCGCGGCACUAAGAAAUACAUCCAUGUGUGUGGAGGGACUCUGAUCCACAGGAACUGGGUCCUGACUGCAGCACAUUGCUUCCAGAAGGGCAAGGCGGAGGAUGCUGCUAGCUGGCGCAUCGUUCUCGGGAAGCACCGACUGAAGGGCUCAGAGACGCCGGAGAGGGUGUUCGGUGUGCAGAGGAUCUACCGGCACGAGCAGUUCCGCUACCCGCUGCUCAGCGAGCUCGAUUAUGACAUCGCACUCGUCAAGGCGAACCGUGACAUCCCCACCAGCCAGCAGAUCCGAUACGCCUGCCUGCCGCGCAGAGAGAGUGCGCUCCGACCAGGACACUACUGCUGGGUGACCGGCUGGGGGGACACAAGAGGGGGGAAGGAGAACGUCUCUCUGGCUGAAUCUCUCAACCAGGCUCGUCUCCCCAUCAUUGACUUCAACACCUGCCGGCAGAAGAAGUUCUGGGGGAACCGUGUCCGGGACUCCAUGAUCUGUGCAGGCUUCAGAGACACAGAGGGACCCCCCGCAGCCUGCCAGGGUGACUCUGGUGGGCCCCUCCUGUGCCAGCUCGGUAGAGAUCGCUGGGAGGUGCACGGCGUGGUGAGUUUCGGUCCGAUCGGCUGCACGGUGGAGAACAAGCCCAGUGUGUUCACCAGAACCUCCACCUACAUCCCCUGGAUCGAGGCCACCCGAUUCCGGGACUUCUUCCUGCACUGACACUAGAACCAGAAUAAGACACCAGAACUGGACCAGGAAAUCAAACUCAGAUCUGCCGUCUGGACCGAGAGGCUUCUUCCAGAACUGACACCACAAGUGGACUCUGAUACCAGAACCAGACCUUCAUGGAGGCUUCGAACAACAGGGAGUUCUUCUGACAGCAGUACCAGAACGCCCCGCUCACACUGACAACAGGACCGGGUUGAGUUCUUUCUACACUAAAUCCAGAACCUCAUGGUGAAACCAGCCCCAGUGGGUUCACCAGAACCACUGCGAGACGGAAUCCAUGACUUCUCUUUACACACUGCCUCCAGAACUGGACUGUGGAAUCACACGCCCUAGGGAGAGGAACAGAGACCCAGUCCACACAGAACCAGAGCAAACCCACACGGAUCAGAACCACACUGUCAAUAGAGUCAGGAUUAAACCCAGUGUGUCCACAGCCUCUGUACAAAUAAUAGAUCAUAGCAUUAUACAGUAGUGACCUGCUCACUAUGUAUUACUAUAGUAUUCAAACUGGUAUACUGCAGUAAACUAUAGUAUUUGGUCACAACUAUAGAAUACUGUAGUAUACUUUUUAUAGGUGGGAAAACUGUUGCAUUCACCUUGGGGAUGCAGUGACUUCUUCUCUGCUGCUGUGUACAUGAAUACAGAGUCACAUUCAGGAAGCUUCACCUCCAGAGCUGUUUAACAAAUUAUUUUGUUUCUGAUUAAAGAAGCCAAUGACAUUCUGUAACACUUUCAUGAAUAUCAAACUUUAUUUAAUUAAUAAAAAACAGGUUUGUUUGAAA